AUGGCGCUCUCGCCGUACCAUGACAUUGGUGAUCUUGACCGGACAAGCGCCGGCAGGCAAUACGGUCUGCUUGCACAUAGGACACAGCGAGGAGUGACUGAGGAGAAAGGUGUGUAUGGGAAGUUUGUCAAGGACUUGUUGCGAGACUGUCAGGCGCUUGACGCCCAACGCUUCGAGGUCAACCUGGCCGUUGAGAACGCGCUCGCGGAGAUCGUUGCGCCGUCUCCGUUGGAUAAUGUGCAUGAUGAGGGAGGUGAUGCUGACAGCGACGAGGAGGAUUGCGAGUACGAUGACGAGGAAAACCCAUAG